AUGACUCUGUCAGAACUAAAGACGAGCAUUUUGCAGAAGGCAAGGUUGUGUGGGUCCAAGUGGGUGAAGAAGUUGUUUUACAAGAUUCCAAUUGCGGUUGUUUCAGCUGGGGUGCAGUAUGAAACGUUUGUGAUCGGGGCAGACGAAGACAUGCUGGUUCUGUUUCAUUGUAGGCGCAGUUUUCUGGAGGUGAGAAUACACGAGCUUUUUGCCAAGUUGGAAGAUGGUUUUGAUAGUUCUGGUGCAUCGGCGCCGAAUCCUCAGUCGAUGUCGGUGGGGGGUGCGUCGACUUCGAUGCCUGUCGUUGCAGCUGGUUGUCUGUUGGCUGGACCUCCACCCCCUCCAUCGCCUCCACCAGUGGCAGCUAGGUCACUUGGAUUGAUUCCUGGACUGUUUGGUGAGGGUGAGCCGGAUCAUAUUGAGAAUGCGAUGCGAGAUGAUGAUCUGGAUGAUGAGCCAGAUAACAUAUUGGGAGACAGUAAGGAGGAUACUUUGAGCACGUCACCAGCACGUUGUGGGCCAUCCGGUUCUGGUUCAGCCCAACAGCCGCCACAUUUCUCCACAUUGAACGUGGAAGCAAUCGGCCUGCACCCGGACAUAGAUCCCACCUCCGGGAGGCAUGGGUUAUACGAGGAAAAUCCUUCUAGAGACUUUCAGAUUGGCCAAUCUUUCCAGACUAAGGAGGAAGCUGUGUUGAGUGUUAAGGAUUAUAGCAUCUGUCGUGGGUUUAGUAUCGGGUGA